AUGUAUGUUAAAUUCAAAAAGGAGCAGUCAGAUAUGAAAGAAUAGUUUGGAAAAGGUGUUGCCUUAAAGAGAAGAUAUAGCAUUUGGAAUAUAUCUUCUUCAAAACCACUAUACUUCAAUGUUUUAAACAAUAGCACCCCACAUAAUUUGUCAACAAAAAACAAGAUAAGCAAUAUAAUCUAGUCCUUUCCAUAAUUUCUUUAAUAAAUUCAGAUCAACAAAUACAUAAGGAGGAGGAUUUUGCCCAGUAUUCUUAAGCAGUUCACAAGCAGAGAUAUUGUUCACUACAUUUUUUAUAAUCUAAUUUAUCUUGUUAUAAAGCAAUCGAACUGUUGUGAAAUUUAUAUUAACCAAAACCUUAUGAGCUUAAUAAGAAUUAAGAAAAAUCAAAAAACUCUCUUAAAUUAAAUAGCAAUCGAACUAUAUGAGAAUUGUCAAAGCCAAAAAUAAGAAGAUCUCAAGCAUAUGUGUUUCUUAUCAAUGACUAUUAAAAAUAUUCCUAUAAAUACUAUUAUAAUGAUAUAUUAUAUCAUCGUAUAUUUAUUAGGUAUGGUAACUAAAUCUUGCAGGAAUUUAAAUAAACUCUAAAAAAAUUGA